AUGAUGGAUGCCGGUGUCGAUGCGAUCGAUAUCGAUGAUGACGACGCUGGCAUAUUCAGCAUCGCCAAUGACCUCCAAAGUGAGGACGAUGACACCCUCACUGGUGAAGACAACAUCCUUUCAGCAGUGAACACGAAGCGCACUGCUGUUGAUAAGGAUGAAUCAGCAGAGGAAUUUCUGCUGACUCGCGAAGCGGUUGUCCGCUUUGUUCAAGUUUCUAUUGCAGAUGCACGAGACAGACAGAAGAGAAACACAGACAAACAUGGAAGAGCAAAUGUUCUUUCAUUUGAUGAAGGAGACCUAGUUUUACUGUAUACAGUAAACCUACCGAAACAUGCGGUGACAAACGUGGGCAGCAGUAAAUUAAUGCCCAAGUACAUUGGUCCAUUUCGUGUGUUGCGCCGAAUGGGCAACGCAUACACGAUUGAACUGCCCCGUAAGAUGCGCACGCAUCCUACGUUGUACAUCGGUCGUCUCCGCCCGUACUAUCAGCAAGAGCCCGUUUCGAGAUGCGAAGAACACCUCCACAGUCGAGAGCCGAGACCACCUUCGAGUGGUCCCGUUUCAACGAACCAGUCUGGUCGACUAGCGAAGCGACCUGUUCACGCAGCUCAGCGAUGUCUCGAAGAGCUGCAGCCAGAUCAUCACGAAGAAAACGAGUCGAACGUUCGUUCUCAAGUUUCGCGAACAAAAAAGCAGCACGAUCUUCCGAACGAUCGUGCGUUAGGAAAUUACAAUUAUUCUUCACGAGAUCCUCAAGCCCAUAACACCGAGAUUGUUCAUGAGCCAGGUCAUCUUGCAGUUGUUCCGUUACACGGUUCAGCUCUUGAACAUCAAGCUGAUCCGACCCUCGAGCCGGAUCAGGUGUUCCCACCGCCAUCACAUACUUUGGUGGACUCAAGCGGUCGUCAACGCUUCCUAAUGGAGCGAAUUUUGAACCACCGGGAUGUGAAUGUCGUCCGGACGAGUUACCUCGUCCGCUGGCGUGGCUAUCCGCCGGCGUGGGACAGCUGGGAGCCUCGUGCCCAGCUGAUUAUUGAUGUCCUUGGUCUCGUCAAGCAGCAUGACGAGACUCACCCGCUGUGUUUGAAGAAGGUCCGUCGGAAAACGACCUCCCCGAACGCGAGUACAGGGAUUGCAAAGUGUCGAUCCCUUCGGCCAUCUCGGAGGAGAUGCGCGCCCUCCAGUAGGGAUCAUUAG